GUCCUAUCGGCGGCGGCGACGGCGACGGUCACUGGAGUGCCGCGGGCCGUCCGGUCGGGAGCGACGGCUCCGACGGAGGGGCGACUCGACACCAGUUGGCUCCGGCUGGCCGCGGGUCCAGGACGAGUGGCCGAGAGCCGCCGAGAGAGAGAGGCGUUGAAUGGUGAAGUGAGCGGUGGUGAAGCUAUGGAGUUGCAGAGUGCAGCUGUGGACGAGAGACGCAGACUCGAAAAGGUGUUGUUCUUCGAAGCAAAACAGAAGGCAUGAAUUGUGGAUGUUGUGGUUGUCUCUAGCUUUAUCAAGCCACGUCGUCUGCUAAUUCAUUUAUGCAAUAAAGAUUAAAUAUCGCAACGGACAGUAUCUCGCAAAAGUUUGUAAGAGUGGUCUGUCAACAUGGAGCAAUGUUGGACUACAUAAAGAUUGCAAAGAAGAAGAAGCUGAUUGGCUUCUGACAGCUGAUACUCCUGCCCGAAUGCACAAGUUCAACAUCAUGAUCAAGUGUGGCCUGAUCGUUCUCGUACUCGCCGACGGUCGCCGGGUGGCGGGAAACUCGCCGUACCAGCCGCGUCACGUGGCCGAAGGGCCACCGUUCGUCGACAGCCACCCGCCACGACCCGAGUUUGAUCCGAGCAUGGCCAGUCACGUGACCUCUUUGCACGGCCGCGACGCCCGGCUCAACUGCAUCGUCCGCACGCUGGAGAACAACACGGUGUCGUGGAUCCGGCAGGCGGACCUGCACAUCCUCACCAUCGGCCGGUACACCUACACCACCGACCUGCGGUUCGGCGCCGAGCACGAGCCCGGCAGCGCUAUAUGGACGCUGGCCAUCCGCGGCGCGCGCCACAACGACUCGGGCCUGUACGACUGUCAGAUCAGCACCAAACCGCUGCUCACCACCACCGUCAACUUCACCGUCAUCGUGCCGGAGACGCGUAUCCUGGGCGCGGGCAGUCUGUUUAUACAGCGGGGCAGUGACCUGAACUUGACCUGCACGGUCAGCUACAGCCCCGAGCCGCCAGACGCUGUGAUCUGGAGGCUGGGGGACAAGGUGAUAACGUUCAGCUCGACCCGCGGCGGGAUCAGUGUGAUCACGGAGAAGGGCCACCGGACCACGUCCCACCUGCUCAUCCAGCGCGCGCAGAGCGGCGACUCGGGCACCUACUGGUGUCAGCCCAGUAACGCGGCACCCGCCUCCGUCACCGUGCACAUCCUCGACGGUGAACAGUCGGCGGCCAUGCAGAACGGCGGCGUCCGAACGGCGGCGCCGGAGCGGUCUGUGGCGGCGGUGAGCGGGACCCUACUGCUGCUGCUGCUGCUCACCUGCUGCACGGCACCGGCGGAGCGGUGAUAGCGGUGGACCCGCCGCACGUCACCAGAGGUCGCCGGAGGUCAUCAGAACAGUCACCACAGGUUAUUGGAGCUCACCAGAGGCCACUGCAGGUGACCAGAGAAGGGUCAUCAGAGUCAUCAAAGGUCACCAAAGGUCCCUGAAGGUCACCGAAUGUCACCAAAGGUCACUCGAGGUCACCGAAUGUCACUUGAGGUCACCAUAAGUCACUGAAUAUCAUUACAGCGCGUCGGCUCUUGUCGGACGAUCGUCCUUUGCUGUGAACUAUGGGUCUCCAAAUCAGCGGCACUAAAUGCUGGUCUGACCUCUCGGGCGCUUAUCACAGGGUGCACCCGGGUCCCUGGACAGUCGCGGUGCCGCGCUGGUGUGGAGAGUUGGACGUCACCCGGCUCCGUCGUUCGACACAGAAGGUGGAUGGCAUGGAACUCUCUGAACUUUGACCCGCCGCGCGAUAUUGGCCGCAGAGAAUCGAGUGAGAGACAUGAGCGGACCGGGACAGAGGUGAUGGUUGAGUGGAUCAGGGCAGAGUGGGUGGAACGGAGCGUGUCCGGACAGAGGGGACGGACAGAGUGUGUCCCGGACAAUGCAGCCGGGCUGAGUUAUUGGCGGCCGCCAGCGGUGGCAGCGGUCGGUGGUGGGGACUGGGCGGGGGUCGCUAGACCGGUGUGUGCCGGGUGUUCCAUCUUCUUUUUGGCGGUUGGAGUGAGAAACCAAGUCAUUUUGCUGCGCUCGUGAUCAAGGAGAGAGAGAGAGAGAGAGAGAGAGAGAGAGAGAGAGAGAGAGAGAGAGAGAGAGAGAGAGAGAGAGAGAGAGAGAGAGAGAGAGAGAGAGAGAGAGAGAGAGAAAGAGAGAGGGGGGAAAGAGAGAGAGAGAAAGAGAGAGAGAGAGAGAAAGAGAGAGAGAGAGAGAGAGAGGGACAGAGAGAGAGAGUUGGAGAUCGGAGAGAGGGAUGGGGCGUACUGAUCGAUAGCUGAUCUGCCGCGGCUAGUUUCAUAACGCAACAUUAUGCUAAUUCCGCGUUUGGGCAUGCAUGGUAAGCCAAGGAAGGUGCAUAACAGUCUGUCAUUAGUAUCGGAGAUCAUGUUUUCCUUUUGAAUAUCAGGGAAUGAUAUUGCGGAAGAGAAUGCAUGGGAAUCCCCAUCAUAAUGAUUAAAAUUGUAUGUUUCCGUGUUCUGUCAUUGCAUUAUACCUAUAAAUAGGUGAUUGGGUGGUUUUCUUGGUCAAGUUUCAGUGCUCAAAGGUUAUAUUGUGUUGACGCUAAAAGCAUGGCUUGGAGAUCAGGCUUGGGGAGGUGUGAUUGUUCCUCUGGAUCGCGUGUUAAGUGUGAGCGCAUUUUUCUGAACUAUCAAAGUAUGUAUGCAAGGACUUGCUUACCUAAGCCGUUGUCGAUGCAGUUGUGUCUCGGAGACGAAGUUCUGAAGAUCGGCACCCACAGCAGGCACAGGUCAGCUCAUGUAACGAAGUGUUUAUACCGUGUCACAAACAAAGAUGUUGCCAAGUCCCGUACCUAGAAUUAGAACAUGGGAGUUCAUGUAUGUCAGUGUUAUCUUUGUUUCUGUUUUGUUUUUCAUAUAAUCAUAUAAUGAUCAUAUAUGGCAUGUCUUUUGUGUUGAAGAUCAGUCACUUGCAAGUGACCAUCCCAUCUUAACAUUAAUUUUGAGUUGAGAUAGCCAAAAUGGGGUCCCUGGCUUGCACUUACCGGUUUGGGCACUCACAAGAUCGAGAAAUGCCUCAAAUCGAAAAUAUCUAAUUUCAAAGUUGCAGCAUUUGGAUUCAGAGGGGCUAAUGUAUUAGAAUGCCCUCUCUGAAUGUGUGACGUCAGCGCUAAAACUAAAAUGUUUGGGAGCACGCGGUGGUAUAUGCUGCUUUGCGCGCAACAAGUGACGCACUUUCAAAUAAAGUCGCUAGGAACAGCGGAGAUCCCAAAAACUAAACAAAAGUAAAAGCCUAAUAUCUUGAAAACCGGUGAAUGUUUUUCGAUGAAAUUCGGUAGAUAUGUAUUCGUUUUCGCCCUUUUUGAACCGAGCGACAUCACUUUCAUACCAAUUCAUUAACUUUUUUGAAGGUGGGAGGGUCCCUUUAAGUACGUGAUAAUGAAAUUAUGUAUUGAAAUGUAUAAUGUAUCCUGAGGAUGGAUGGAUUAGGAUUAUGUGCAAUCCAUUAUGUGGAAGCAUCGUUUCAACGGUAUACAUAUGCUGAUGCGUCAGCUCUUAUCGAAAACAGCUCACUGCAUGAAAUGAGUUCAUAUGUCACGCUAAACGUCAUUGGCUUUCAUACAUUACCAUUUCGUGCUUUGCUCUGAAGGUCCGUUGAUGUCACUACGUAUUUUUUCCUGGCUUUUUAACUGAUAUGGCUCUUGACUGAAAGUGAGACUGCCUGUGAGAAAUAUUUGCGAACAGUUAUUCAAGAAUUUAAUCAAGAAAUGGGUAUAUUGUAGGCGUCGUAGAUAAGUUGCGACAAUACCAACAAUGUGAUCAUCUGAGGUUCUAAUUAACGAUUCAUCGAAUCAAAAUAAUUGAGCAUGAAGUGGUCGCGUUAGUGCUGAAUUUUCCAACUUCCUUGUUUCCCUCUUUAACAAGGCGCCAUGACUGCAGGCUACAGCACAAUAUUGUCAUUGAUGAAAUGUGUGCGAUGUUCGUUCAUGCUUUCACCUUGCCCUUUCAUGUCCUAUGUACCAAAUGUUCCACAGUCAUCUGUUGAAGCGCAAGUGCUUGACUUUACUGUGUAAACAUAAAUCCAUCUAUGCAUGUAUGCGCGAAGUGCUUGCAAUAUAUAUUUAUGUCGCGGUCAAUAA